AUGGAAUCAGUUGGUCCAGAGAUCUCAUCUUCUAUUGAUCAACCUUUAGAUUUAAUAAGGUUAUCAAUAAAUGAAACAGUUCUUGUUAAGAUGCGGGCUGAUAGGGAGAUAGUUGGAAAACUUCAUGCCUUCGAUCAACAUUUAAAUAUGAUUUUGUCUGAUGCAGAGGAAACUCUAACUGUUACUGAGUUUGAAGAGGAUCAAUGUGAAGAAGUUUUUAAACAAGUUAAAAGAGUAAUCCCGAUGUUAUUUUUAAGAGGAGAUUCUGUCAUUCUUGUUUCUCCAUUGCUUAAAGCUAGUUAA